GGGAUAACCAUGACCUAGAUGACUGAGAAUUUCCAUAGUCACCUGCCUGAUUAAGAAAAUAUAAUAACAUGAGAAAACUCUUACUCUGUUAGUUGAAACUAUUACCUGGGCUUUGUCUGCCCCUGGUAUUAGAAAUUACUGUUAAUUUAGAGUAUGUAUGUAUCAAAGCAGGUAAUUAUGCAGAGAAGAGGAGAAAUGCAUAUUAAUAUUUCAUAACUUGGUACUCUCUGGAUUUAUAAUUAUUAAUCAGUACAGCUAUGGAGGAGUCACACUCCCCAGACAUCUUGGAACUAAUUAGGUCAAAGGGGGCAAUGAUGGCUGUUAGACACGUUACUCUAAUGACAGAUCACACUAACAAGGCAUUUUAUUAAUAUUUUUAUGCAAUAAAAUUAAAGAAGGCAAUACAUUUCCUCCUAAUCUGUAUAAUCUCAUCUACAUAUUACCUGUAUUUAUAAGAAAAAAUAGUACCACAAUACAAUACAAUACUAUCACUUCUGUGACUCAUAAAAAUAUGGAAUUUCUGAUAUUAAUGUUUAUCCAUAUUUAAUUCAACAGAUAUUACUCAACUAACUUGGAAGUGUGCCCAAUAUUGUUGCCUUCAGCUGAUUUUGAGUUGAUAGUUUAUAAUUGUAGGAAAUAUGUGAACAAUGCAUGCACUUUUUAAAUAAUUCAUAAGGAUUUAAUUGGUACAUAAUUUCAUUUAAAAUAUUGUUCUUAAAAAGAUAUUUAAUUUGCUUUGACAGUUCUUUAUCUGGUAUCAAUUUUUUGAUGGCAUCUUCAUACAAGAAUGAAAACUAUCUUAUAACAAUCAAGUUUGAAUUAUUUUGACAGAAUGCUAGUUAUUAAUGUUUUAAUAUGUAUUUAAUGAACUAGUCCUUAUUGCGAACAUUGUUUUCAUUAAGUUGUGGUAACAUGGCAGAUAUAUUUAUGUCAUUUUUAUAAUUGUAUUUUUGCAGUGAUAUCAGAUUUGGUUUAAUGAAACAUUUUUUACUUUUCUGGUGUUAACACUAUCUAAUCACCUCAUCCUCUGCUGUCCCCUUCUCCUUUUGCCUCCAAUCUUUCCCAACAUCAGGCUCCAAUGAAUCUUCUCUUCUCAUUAGGUGGCAAAAGUAUUUGAACUUCAGCAUCUGUCCUUCCAAAGACUGAUUUGAUCUUCUUGCAGUCCAAGGGACACUUGAGUCUUCUCCAGCUCCACAAUUCAAAAGUAUCAAUCGUUCAGCCUUCCUCUUCCUUAUGGUCCAACUCUCACAGCCAUACAUUACUACUGAGAAAAUCCUAUACAGACCUUUGUUGGCAAGGAUGGAUUUUACAGAAGCCUAUUCUGAUAGAUGUUCGGCUGUUGGGCUUGCAGCCAGAGAAGGCAAUAUUAAACUUUUGAAGAAACUAAUCAACAAGGGAUACAGCAUUGAUGUUUCUGAUAACAGAGGUUGGAUGGCUAUUCAUGAAGCUGCAUUUCAAAACACAAAUGAAUGUCUAAAGCUUUUAAUUCAAGCAGCACCAUCUGCUAACUACAUAAGAUCCAAAACAUUUGAGGGUACUUGUCCACUACAUCUUUCCACAAGUAGAGGAAACCUGGAAUGUACUGCUACUCUUCUAGAAUCUGGUGCUGAUCCUAAUGAGCUCACUCAUGAUGCCACCACACCCUUAUUUCUCGCUGUUGAAAAAGGACAUACUAACGUGAUUAAGCUUCUUCUUCAACAUGGAGCCAAUCUUAAUGGAUCCCACUGCUGGUCUGAAUGGAAUUCUUUGCACCAGGCAGCUUUUCAGAAUUAUUCUGAAAUAUUGAAAUUACUCCUAGAUGAAGGAGCCAACAAAGAGUCUGUAGAUGAUUUUGGGAUCACACCUUUAUUUAUUGCUGCACAAUAUGGAAAACUGGAAUGUUUAAGGAUACUUAUAUCAUAUGGAGCAAACAUCAAUUGCCAAGCUAAAGAUCAAGCCACACCCCUCUUCAUUGCAGCCCAGGAAGGCAAUGACAAAUGUGUGGAGCUGUUACUAGCCGAAGGAGCCAAUCCAAACCUAUACUGCAAUGAAGAAGAAUGGCAGCUAGCUAUCCAUGCAGCAGCACAAAUGGGACACAUCAGUAUAUUGCGCAUGCUGAUACCGGUUACUGACCAGGUUUGUGGUAGUGCUGAAGGCAAAGUGAGUCCUGUCUACUCUGCAAUCUACAGUGGUCAGGAGAAUUGCUUGGAACUCUUGCUUAAGGAAGGUUACAGUCCAGAUGCUCAGUCUUGUCCCAUUUUUGGCUGCAGAUCACCAAUGUCUCUUGCCUUUCAAAAAGGAAGUGAAAUAAUCCUCAUCCUUCUGAAAUAUGGAAUCAAAAUUCUUGAAAUAGAUUUAGGCCUCUGUCUGCUACAUAGAAGAUACAGUCUAUUUCGGCAUUUCUUGAGGAAGGAUUGCAAGCUCCCAUGUCAACAGCACCUGGCAGAAUUUUUAAAAUAUGCAGUCACUGCAGGACAUGAGUACAAAGAAUGGCUGCCAUCACUCUUGCUAGCUGGGUUUAAUCCUGUGAAUCUUCUCUCACAUGAUUGGAUUUUCUCUGUAAGCAGUGAUGCUCUGAACUUUCUUCUGGAGUUUACUAAUUGGAAGAGGCUUCACUGGAAUGUAGAGCAGAUUCUUUCCAGCCGCAAGGCCACUUCCAUGUGGAUACCCUGUAGUCACUUUGAACAUAUCCCAUCCUUGUCUCAUCUGUGCCGCCUGAAGAUUCGGUCACUUUGUUUGCAGUCAGACCAGCGCAUCCACCAGUUGCCGAUACCUACUUGCCUACAAGACUUUUUACUUUAUUUGGAUGUAUUAAGAGCAUACUCCAUUUCAGAAUCUUGGCUUAAGGUGGGAGAAAUCUAUGAAGAAAGUACCCUGCCAUCUUGUUCUAAUUUGGAACAUAAAGAAGAUAAAAAAUAGAACUGAUUCAAGGUCGUCAGAAUAUUUAUAGAGUUUUCACUUUUAUAAAGAAUGAACUAUGCUCUGUUUGAUUAUUGUUGCAAAGGUAUUCAUUUUUCUUCUGUCACUCACUAUAGGAUAAACUCAUUCAGCAGUCUAGAAGGAAUUUCCUCAUAUGUCUCUCAGAUGUGUCAAACCUAAAUUAUUUCCUGUCAGCAAUGUUUUGAAUGCAGCAUGGAAGCUUUCAGAUAACUUAAACCUUUUGUGAGUUCCCACUCAAAAAUUUAGAAUUUAAAUAAAUAAAAAUAGCAUGUAAACAUAGAUCACGUCAAUGAUUAGUUGCAUCUAAAACAAGCUAUGAUGACAUCAGAACGACAACCUGUGUGACUUUAGCUUAUGGCACAGACUUUUCAUGCUGCCAUGACAUCUGAUACAAAUACUUCCUUUGUGUAACAGACUUAUUUGUUAUUGAACAUGUGCUAUUCAUUUGCCCUCCAGUGGACACUGAUGGCAGUGGUCACUCCAAAAUUAAAAUAAGUUUCUUGGGAGUAUUCUCGGUAAAAUAUAUUGUUGUUGCGUUUGCUCACAAUAAUAUAAAUUUAUUAAUGAUAAUAAAUGAAAUUUAUGAAAGAAUUAAUGAAUUCAUGUGUUGCCAGAGAUCUCACUAUAACAAAUUCUGUCCUAAAUAUCAUGUUUUCCCGAUCUGGUACUCUCCAGACUUGUUACACUACUACUCUCUUACUGAUGGCUGGUAUGGCCAUUGGUUUGAAGUCAGGGAGGAUGGGAAUUGUGAUCCAGCAAAUCUGAGACUUUGGGAAGGUUGCCAUUCUCUCAAUGAAGGGAGCAAUUUAAAUAACUUAAGUUAAAGACAAGGAUGGAUCCUGAUUGGGAUCCUAGAGACAUGCUGCCAGUUAGAGGAGACAGUAUUGGCCUAAACCAGGGGUAGGCAACCUUGGCUCUUUUAUAACUCGUGGACUUCAACUCCCAGAAUUCCUGAGCCAGCAUGGCUCAGCUUGGAAACCUCUCCCUUUCCCCUCAGUGUGGCUGGCUCAGGAAUUCUGGGAAUUGAAGUCCACGAGUCAUAAAAGAGCCAAGAUUGCCUACCCCUGGAAACGGAUGAAUGAUCUGUUUCAUUGUGGAUCAGUUUUUCCCCUCCCAUACAGAAUAGUUACAAUUCAUCUUCAGAAAUUCCAGCCCUUGAGUGGUAGUCAAAUCCAUGAAUACACAGUAUUUUCAGGGAUGUCUGCAGGCAGGCGGAAUGAACAAAUGCUGCAUUGUGAUCAAGACUUGCCUCUUUUCUCUGUGUGUCAUGCAUUUUAAGAAAAGUGGCAGAUUCUUGAAGAUGCUGCUGUUUGGUGUGUCGCUGUGACUAAAAAGUGUGGAUAAAGUGCAGUAAUUUAAAGAAGAUGGAAGGUUAUCUUCCUUCCAAAUUAGGUUAUCAACAGCUAUUCUCCAAAUAACAAAAUCAAGAGUGCAUAGGUCUGCUGUGUGUAUAUCACUAUCAAAGCAAAAAAUAGCUUGAAAUCAGCUCCCUACACUUGCAUGUAUGCAUACAAAGGUUGUGUGUUUGUGCAAGAUCUGUAAAGAUUGAGGGCAUUCAGAUUUUACAAUACUUUGUAGAGUUACUAGUGUACAUAUGGCAAAAAUUAAUAUAGUAUUCCUGGCUUGUGAUAUUCCUGUUGGGUUCUUUCAAGCCUCUUUAUAAAAAAAUUGUUUUUUAAAACAUUCUGUCAUAUUUCCAGUAUUCACUGAUAAAAGGUAUGCACCCCCAUUCCCUGGACAAAUUAUAUUUCCAACCAUUUUUUUCAGAGACCCUGCUCAAACCCCUGCAUCUACCUUGCUUCUCAUCUUACAACCCCUGGUUUUUUACUGCUGGAUUUAGGUCACAAAUGGUUUCCAAAUUUCUAAAUUUACAGAUCAAUUCUUUUUUACAGUAUAAUUCUACUCCAGGGAAAAAUGUAGUGAGGCCACUUUUGUGCUAACAGAAGAGAGCAUAAAUAUUUGAUGUCUCAUUCAGACUGAGAGUAUGGAAGGUGGAAGCAGAGGCAGGAACAAUGUCUCUGUAUUUGCCAGACUGCAGUGAUAUUGUGCUGUGAAACUACAUUUUUGCCUUUUAAAAAUCAAAUGCAUUUCAUUUUGAUUCCUCCAAAGGGAGACACACAGGAGGAGGAUGAAACUGCUGUGUGUCCACAUCUAAUUGGUACUUACUUGAUUUUUUUAUGUAAGUUAUGCUGAUUGUAUGGCAUGUUGCGGCAUGCGGCAGAGUGUCGAGAUUUAUUUCAAAUCGUCAUGAAUUCAGGAGGCUCAGUGAGAGGAAAAAGAACUACUGUCUCUCACAGUAGCUGACUUCAUAGGAUUCUUAGAUAAAAUAGCUGGAAGAAGAAUUGCCUAGUCUGAAUUUCUUGAAUGAAGACUGGAUAGUUAUGCUUAAGGCACCAGGCUAGAAAUCUAGAGUUUGACUGAGGCAUAAAAGUCAUCUUGAGCUAGUCAUUGUCUCUCAGCCCGACCCACCUUAUAGGGUGGUUGCUAGGAAAAUAGGAGUAACAUGUAUGUUUGCAGCCUUGAAUUAUAUAUAAAAAUAACACACACACACAAACACACAAGCACCGAGAGCCCCCCAGGUUAAAAAUAUUUGACUUUAAGGACCACGCCUACAUGUAAACAGACUGCCUAUUACUAAAAAUGGCAGACAAUAUUCUCCCAACAGAAAGAAAAUCAAAUAAAAUCUCUUUAUUUAAAAGUUUACAUCGUGUCUUAACUAUUAUUCUGCUAAAUUCUGUUAAAUCCAUUUUUUCCCCCUUUUUCCGAUUGUGGGAAAUGAUACAUAUUUUUAUUUAGAUUUAUUAAUCUUUCUAAAUGACGAUCUAUAUUAACAAAAAUCAUAUGCUCUUUCAAACACUUAUCUAGUCAAGACUCUAAACAUUUCUUUAAAAAUUUCAUCUAUAACUAAAAUCAAUUCUAAUGUAUCUUUCAAAGCUUCCUUUUAACAUACGUACCUUCAAAUUCGCUUUCAAUUAUAUUUUGCAAACUUUAGGAAUUGCUUAAAUUGUGUAUAUAUAAAAAGAAAGAUCAAAAACUUCUUUCCCCUCCUUUUCCUCAUCCCAUUCUCAAGCCCCUUUACAAGCAGAAAACCGCAUUUGAACUUUCAAGCUUUUUUAAAAGCAGUUAUGUGCUUAUAAAAAUAUGGUUAGAAGGGCUAACUAAAUUCAUAUGAAUUCUCUGGCUGUGUUGAUAAGCACUCAAAUACAGGUAGUCCACAAUUGAGCCCAACAUUUCUGCUGCUAAGUAAGAUAUUUGUUAACUGAGUUUUGCCCCAUUUUACUUUCUUGCCACAGUUGUUAAGUGAAUCAUUGCAGUUGUUAGUAACACAAUUGUUAAAUGAAUCUGGCUUCUCCAAUGACUUUGCUCAUCAGAAGGUUGCCAAAGAUGAACACUUGGCCCUGGGACCUUGCAACUCUCAUAAAUAUGAUCAGUUGCCAAGCAUCUGAAUUUUGAUCACAUAACCAUAGGGAUGCUGCAACGGUCAUGUGAAAAAUGGUCAUAAGUCACUUUUUUCAGUGCCAUAACUUCAAAUGGUCACUAAAUGAACUGUUGUAAGUCAAUUACUUGUAGUGUCUCGGUUUUAGUUCAUGUUGCUGGCAUGCCUUGUAACAGAGAUAUGCUAAGUGGACAAUAAAAAAGGCAGGGAGGCUGGGCAAUGGGUGCCUGGCAACAUUCAUUCCUCUCUAGUACUGGCUUAAAGUGAUAAUAGCCCUUUGGUCUUACUACUAGACACCCUACUCUCCCAAGAUAUGGCAUGAUUGGAUUGAUGCUGGAAAGAUGAGAAGAUGAUAUUGCUUUGUAGGUGUCCUGACCAGAAAGUUCAGACAUAAGAAGCACUGAGGAAAGAUGGGCAAAGUAAUAAAAGAGUAUACUGUUGACUUGCUUACUGCAACUGGAUACCUUGUGGUAUUAAAGACACCAGGAAUAUAUUAUCAAAUAAGGACCAAAACAGAAGAUAAAACUAAUGAACCCCUACUGAACUUCAAUAGGGGGAUAAGUUACUGUUUCCAUACCAUCUUAUCUCUCUUCCUUUGUAUCAUAAAUAUUUGUGUGUUUAGAAACUAUUUACUGGCACAGUGAUUUUUUUUUUAUCUUUCUGCUAGAAGGUGAGCUGCUUAUUGACCGACAAUAAAUCCUCUUCAGAUGCCAGAUACCAAGACAGUUAAAACUGUGUUCUUGCAGCUGAGGAAUGUUCAACAUUUGGCCAGGGAAUAAAUUUCACAAACUAUUUAUGUCAAGUCAAUAAAGGUCUUCAGUUGUGUGGGCUUCUCCACAUUAAUAUACUGCUUUGAUGGAAGAAAUACAACACAGGGGUAGCAGUGAGCUGUGGGGCAGUUAUUGACCUGGUAAUAUAACGGAAAGUUUGUUGGAAAAUGACUGGAAAUUAAUGGCAUAAUUAGUCUAGAAAAUCACUAUUGUUUGCACAGUGGUGCUGUAAUCUUCAAAAACUAUUGUUACUACAUGUUUUGUAUGGAGGGUUGGUUUGAAUGGCAGAAGGCAAUGUAAAGGAGCUCUCUGUAUAUUUUUCAAAUGUCCAUCAAGAAUGAUUAUUACUUUUCUUAUUGAUAGAAAUGGUUCUUUCACUGUUUACCAUUUUUUUUCUUUGAUUUCUAUCUUCUUCCAAGAAACCUAGAGCCCUUUACAAGAAAACAAUAAACAUGUCUUAAAUAAAA